AUGCAACCACCUGAUGUUGAUGCCGAUAUGGAAGCAAAGCCACCCAUCCUUAGCCAGCUUGUGCAAUUGCCUAGUGCCUUGCAAUCAGAUCUCAGCAAACAGGUGAAGGAUAUUCUUCAGACGAAGCACGCCGUCUACAAAUUGAUGCGUAAGUUGCUUUCAAGGUACAUCAGUCUACGGAAUAUAAUAAUGAAGACAUUUAAUGGCUUUAAAGAUAUGAAGAAAAACAGGAUUUUGAAGACUUAA